CAUUUUCAAUAGUUUAAGAUGCCGAAAACUAUCGCAGCCCUCGGUGUAGCAGGAACCCAGGGCGGUUCCGUAGCCUCGCACUUCCUCUCCCUCGGCUGGAAUGUCCGAGGGAUCUCUCGAUCAUCUACCUCGUCCUCCGCCGAAGCACUCAAGGCGAAAGGAAUCGACGUGGUGCAAGCCGAUGUGGACGAUCCGCAAACCCUCAUCCCUGCCUUCAGGGGCGCACACGUGAUUUUUGCCGUCACUGAUUUCUGGGCACCUUAUUUCGCGGCUUUUGAAGAGAAAUCGAAGAUCUCAGACCGUGAAACAGGCGAAUACGCUUACGCUAUCGAAGUUCAUCGCAGGAAGAAUAUUGUAGACGCAGCGGAUGUGAUGUUGAAGGAGGAAGGGAGUAAAUUGGAGAGGUUUGUGUCUAGUACGCUGCCAGGAUUCAAGGAACAGAGUAAGGGAAAGCAUACGUAUGCUUACCAUUUCGACAGUAAAGCUGACAUUACCAGUUACUUGAAGGAGAAGAACGAGUUAUGGGAAAAGAGCAGUUUGCUGAAUAUGGGGUUCUAUGCGGAUAAUAUCAUUUGGUAUGGAGGGUUUAUGGGUGCUGCUAAGCCUUGCGAGCCCACCGCCGUUCAUCCCUUCGUGAUCCCAGGGGACACAGGUCUCUUCGUCUCGCUCCUCGUCAACUCGCCUCCGAAGCAGGACUUACUUGGUGUAAGUGAGAUUGGGAGGGAGGUGGCGGAGAGCACGGCUACUAGUGCGGAGUUUGGGUGGGGUGAUAAGCUUAUUUUGCCUUGGCAGACCUCCGGCGUUGCAUCAUUGAGUGUGGCAAACUACUUCCUUGGAAUAUGCUAG